AACAGGGAUUUUAUCCAUCAUAACACACAUACAUAUUAAAAAGGUUUUAUUAUCUAGUACAUAAACACCAUUUUCCUAGAACUCAUUUCCAUGCAUCGACAUCCUUCUGGGAGUCAUUUGAUGGUUUGGAGGAUCAUUCAGAGGGGUCUCUGGUGGUUGUAUUCCCUGAGUGCUGUGGUAUAAAAGAUGACCUUGCCUGGAACUUUUCCUUUGGCCAUGUACUCUUGCUUCUUAUUACAGAACUUGCCCAAAAAUACUCUGGGCCUCCUUAUCUGUUUCCCCACUUGUUCCAGAAACAUUUAUCAUCCUGUGUCCACAUCUUUACACCCAUCCAUCUCUGUGCCCAGUUAGUCUUUAAGAAACCUAAGGGGAAUUGAAAACAUUUAUUCUCUCUUAUUUAUCAAUCCCCUGCACACCAGCCCAACCCUCCCACCUCCCUCUCCCACCCCACCAUUUCCACCGCCCUCCUCCCCUGCACAUCUCACUCCUCCCCACUGAAUCCUUCCCACUGCAGGGAGCUGCUGAGGAGCCGCAUGGUCCAUCCCUGGAUUCUCCAAGCACUGACUGCCCAUCCACUCUGACCACAGCCAGGGGCCACAUCCCACUGCCUGCCCAGCGUCCAUCCAUGGAGGUGACCACCGUGUCCCCUCUUUUCACCUCACCAACUGACACACCUGCUCACUGUGAGAUCAGUGUCUCCAGCGUGGCCGUGCAUUUUGUGACCCUGCUCAUCGGCCUCUGUGGGCUGGCUGGGAAUGGGACUGUCCCCUGGCUCCUGCACAUUAAUGCCACCACUUACUUUCUAGCAUUCAAUCAGGCCAGCAUCGACUUCCUCUUCCUCAUCAUCAUGGUCCCCUCCACCCUGCUGUUCAUUGUGGAGGAGGUUUCCUGCUCUGCUAUAAUGCCCCCAAUGUAUUUCAGCUUGCUUUCCCAGCUGUCGCUGGUCGCCUACAGUAUAGGGCUGUACCGGCUGAUGUUCACCAGCAUCGAGAGGUGCAGGUACAUCCUCUGCCAGUUUUUCUGUGGUUGCCAACUUUCUGAGCGCCUGCUGUUGGUGGUGAUGAAAAUCCUGUUCUGGGCCUUGUUCUUUGUUGUCAUCGCUGUCAAUCCCAUGGUGACUUCCCUGUGCCAGUCACACGAGCAGGAGCAAUGCCGGGUGGCUGUCACCUCCAUGUACGCCCUCAACCUCUUCCUCUUUGCUGCACCCAUGGUCAUCUCCAGCACAAUCCUCUUCAUUCAUCUCAAGACUGGCUCCCUACUGCAGCAACAGAGGAGGCUUGACAUCGUUAUCUUCCUCAUUGUACUCUUCAGUCUGCCCCUGAGUCUCUGGUUUCUCCUGCAGCAGCUCGGUUACACAGCUGUGCCCUCCCAGGUGGUUUUCCUGCUCACCUGCAUCACCAGCAGCAUCAAACCCUUCAUCUACUUCUUGGUGGGGAGCUGGAAGAGAGACUGGUCCAUGAGGAGCUGCUGGAGACACUGCUCCAUGGAGAGCUGCAGGAAGCACUCCUCCAUGCAGUCCCUAAGGAAGGCGAUCAAGAGGGUGUUUGAGGAGCCAAAAGAAAACACUGCCUCCGGAGAUGAUCCUGUUGUGAACACGGGGGUCUGAGCCUGUUGUUCCCAUCCACUGCACUGCUGAAGGACCCUGGCACAGUGGCUGAGAGAUUCCUUGAGUCUCCUGAUCAUUAAAUAGCCACAGGAUCACCCUGCCUGUGCUGGUGCAUCCCCAGCCCCUUUCCAGGCCGCUCUGGGCUCUGAUCCGUGCUUGUGAGGCCUCAGCCUGGAGGAGCAGCCCCUGGGCUCAGCUCCUGUGGUGCUGAUCAGAAACACCCUCUGCUCCCAGGAGCUGCUGCUGUCCAACGACCUCCUGGGCUUUUAUCAACAGCCUUGGAAAUUACUGGAGUGCCCUGGAUGCCACAGCAUCCCUGCUCUGCCACUGUCACAGGAAGCUGCCGGCCCCAAGCGUGGCCAGGGUGAAGCAUUGCUGGCAGUGACGCCCAUCCCUUGGGGCCCUGGGAGCAGCGGCCCCAAAGGAGACCCUUGGAGCUCUCCCGGGCCCAGCAUCGCUGAGCAGGAGCUCCCUGGCACCGGGGCCUCUCCCAGCUGGGAUCUCUCCCGUCUGCUGCCCUCGGCUGAUCCCCGAACGCCCACGGCUCCUGGGCCCAGCCCCCCAGGGCUCCAGGCCCAGCCCUUGGCACAGGCAGGAGAUGCAAAGGGAUCCGCAGGGAGCAUUUCACUGCCUGCCAGGGCAAUUGCUCACAGGGACCUUGCACUGACUCUGCCUGCCUGGCUGCCUGUGUGCACACACGUCUGCAUCUGCUCUGGCAAAUGUGCCAGAAAUGCUGCUCUCUCAGCUCUCUUAGUGCCUGAGACAUCUGACUGGGGCAGGCCUGGAAGGAAGGAUCAGGCAUAAAUAAGGUUAAAUGCUGCUAAGUGAUAUUCCUCUGUUAAAUGGCUCAGUUUAAGGUGUAACUGAAGUGCUGUUAAGUUGGAAUGCUCUAAAUCUUUUAAGCCAUUUUCCUUUUAAUCCUUACCCUCCCCUGUCCUUUUGUAAUAAUCCCUUGAAUACACACAAACACACAAAUAGGGGUAGCACAUUGUUUUGCUUAAUAUUAAACCUUUUUUUUACUGA